AUGUCUAAUCAGAACGACGAGCGCGCGCCGCUCCUACAGCAUACACGCGGGAAUCUCGAGAACGACGAGCGUCAUGUGCAGGUCAAAUUCUCGAGCGACGACCAGGACAACCCGCGCGCAUGGACAAGAAGACAAAAACUGGCCAACGUGGCCGUCAUAGCGUCCAUGGCGAUCCUGAGCCCGCUGGCCAGCUCCAUGUUCACGCCCGGGAUCUCAGAAAUCGCAGAGGGUCUCGGUACCACACCAGACACUGUUAUCGGCGCGACGACCAGCUACGUCGUCAUGCUGGGAAUGGGCCCCCUCGUGCUGGCACCGCUCUCCGAGACCUUUGGGAGGAAGUCGCUCUACCUAUCCUGCUUCACCUUCUUCUCGCUGGUGCAGAUUCCGACGGCCUUCUCACCCAACAUUGAGACCAUGAUCACGCUUCGAGCCUUUUCUGGUUUCUUCGGUAGUGUGAGCAUCGCUAACGGCGGAGGAACGCUGAGCGACAUGUUCUGGCCUGAGGAGAGGGCGACUGUCUUUGGCUGGUACCUGAUCGGGCCCCUGCUUGGGCCUACAAUCGGUCCCUUGCUGGGAGGCGUCAUUGUCCAGAGGUUAGGCUGGCGAUGGGUAUUCCUGACCCUCGCGCUCCUGUGUGGGGUCAGCGUCACCUCUGGGUUCUUUUUUCUCAGGGAGACAUAUGUGCUCGUCCUCCUGCAGAGGAGGAAAGAACAACAGGAAAAGGAAGACGGCUCCGCGUGUGCAACCCACUACUGGUUUGAAGGCGAAGACCUUCGACCCAUGUCCGUCAAGCUGUGGCACUCGUUCUCGCGCCCGCUCCGCAUCCUCACCCAGCCAGUCGUGCUCACCAUGUCGGUGUACCAAGCUCUGAUCUUCAGCACCACCCACAGUCUGUACACGAAUUUUGAAGACAUUUAUGGCGGCAUAUACGGCUUCAAUACCGAGCAGGUAGGGCUGGCCUACCUCGGGCCGGGGCUCGGGCUGCUCUUCGCCGUGCGGAUGAUUGUUCCGCACAUCGACGACGUGUACAAGAAGCCCCGCGACAAGAACCACGGGGUAGCCAAGCCGGAGUUCCGACUACCGCUUGCGAACAUCGGCGCAGUCCUGGUACCUGUGUCGUUGAUCUGUUUCGCCUGGAUGGUUCACUUCCACGUCCACUGGUUUGCAACGAUUGUGGCAGCCUUCUUCUACGGCAUCGGACAAGUCGUCAUCGUCAACUGUACGCAGAAUUACUACAUUGAUGCUUUUGAGAAAUUCGCCGCCAGCGCGAUAGCAGCCGGGGUAGCGUUUCGGUCCAUUUUCGGGGGCGUGGUUCCACUGUUUGCACCUUUGCUCUUCAAAUCUGUUGGGUACGGCUGGGGCAUUUCGGUUUUUGGUCUGGUCGGUCUGAUGCUUGCUCCGGCGCCGCUGCUCUUCUAUCACUUUGGCGAACGGAUCCGCGCAUGUAUAAAGCACGACAUAGAAGAGGAUAAAGUCAUCCGCUAG